AUGUUCCUCCAGUGGCUACGCUUCAUCGAGAAGUACAAGGUUAAAGUGGGUGAAAGUUCCUAUUCCGACCGCCACGCGCUGAAUUUCCUGCUGGAGGCCAGACCGCUUACACCGGAGGUAAACUUGGCGGCAUUUUUCCAGUCGCUUCAGACGGUUCCGGACCUGAAAAGACUCGGCAACAGCUUGGAGAGGAAUCUGUUCCAGAGAUGGAUGACAACAGUGGAUUCUAAGCCAAAGGACGUGGCGCGCUUGUUGAACAUUGGACAAAGUGUUCCGAAGCUGUCCAAAAGUGAUCUCCGCUACAAAAUUUUGGAGGCGUACACGUUGCAGUUUGCAGAGAAGAGCGGGAAGGAGACGCUAGAGAAAGUGAAAGAGCUAUUGGUUGCCAACGACCUUAACGCUGCUUUAACAGCUGCCGUGAAACUUCGCUAG